UUACUCUCAUCGCAGGUUUCAGCCCGCCCCGGGGCUUCCUGAUUCACUAUAUCACUAGCCCGACGAGCGUGUAUGUGUUUGUGCCCCUCACACGGCAGAGCCACCACCUGGACGAAGCUACGGCUGGUCGCUCGGUAUCACCGGCUUCGCAUUCGCUACCCAAACCAGAGAUGUGGCAUCUUGUGGCCCUCGGCUGCGUGUUUUUCCCGGGUGUCUUUGUUCUCACCCGGAGACUGGUGCACAGAGCGUCGCCGGCACUAACUGACGGAGACGUCGUCCACAUCAGCGUCAGAGUCGUCUCCUCUGUCCAAGCUGUGAUGGCAACAUUCUCUGGCUACGUAAUCACGUCCUCCUCCAACCAUGUGAUGAAAGAUAGCCAUUGGAUUUCUAAGGACUAUGUAUUAUUUGGAGCACCUUACAUGGUCUAUGAUAUUUAUGCCAUGUACCUUUGUCACUGGUAUAAGCAUAAGGAAAAGUACAAUUCAUCCUUCAGCAUUGUGACAGGCUUCCUGAAGAAAAAUCCCUUGAUCAUACUGCACCAUCUUGUCCUGUUACUUGUCUGCUUCCCUAUUAUUAUGUAUUAUACAAAAGACCUUGGAGAUUUCUUCCUGGGAUGCCUUUUCCUGGCAGAGCUGAGCACACCGUUCGUCUCUUUUGCCAAAAUACUCAGUCAGCUGAAAAUGCAGGACACACUGCUAUACAAGGUCAACGGCAUCAUCACUUUGGUGACUUUCUUCACUUGCCGUAUCCUCGUGUUCCCCUUCAUGUACUGGGCCUAUGGUAGGCAGUACGGCAUCCCCACCCAUAAGGUACCUUUCCACAUACCUCUGCACUGCACCCUUGCCAACGCCAUGCUUAUGGCUCCUCAGGUUUACUGGCUCUCUCUAAUCAUCAAGAAGGCAGUGAAGACUGUGAAGACUGAAUGAUGCAACAACAGGACACCGUUCCCUCGCACGAGCCAUGGUCAUGGGAAUGCAACAGGAGAUUUCAACUUCAGAAGUAUUUCAUGGUGCACUAUUUUAAAUAUUAGGACAAUUUUACCAAGCCAUAAAGUCAGGUACAGCUGAAUUUCUGCUCUGUGCUUCCUGACAGUACCAGUGACUUUUAAAAAAUUACGCCAGUUCAUAUUUUGAUAACUUCAAAAGAUUAUGUUUUAUUAAAUGUAAGGUGCUUUUAAGGUUAUAAACAAGUCUGCAAAAGCCCUCCACCAGCUUGGACCUGGUGGGGGCUAAUGAAUGUAAACUUGGAUCUAUGCAGUUCAAAUAUUUGUUAUGAUAAAUAUUUAUAUAAUAAAAAUUCUAGCUUUUAAAAUUAUUUAAAAUGAUGACAUAUCCAAAUGAGUCCUUAACUCUCUAUUGGUGAAAAGACCUAAUGCUUCACUUUAGUAGAUGAACGAAUCAAGUUUAUCAGAAAUAUAAAUCCAAUGGAAAUAAAACCACUCACCUUUCCCCACCGCUGAAUGAAAUCCAAUUCACUCUGCCCACUGAAAACAAAUUGGAUAAAAUAAUACCCUGUUGGGAUUCAUUCACAGUAGUUGUAUUACAAGUCAGCAGGUCGUAGUCAAACCACAAACCGAGUUGAAAAGCAAAACUCCUCAUGCUCGAAAUCUGAAACAGAAACAGAAAAUGGAGGAAAUGCUCUGCAGGUCACACAACAUCUGAGGAGAGAGAAAAGGUGUUUGCGUUUCAGGCAAAUCAAUGAUCUAUUUGUCCUGAGCAUAAUCCCAUUUCAUUAAAUAGUUAGUAUGGUUAGUGAAAUGGUUUUGAUAUAACAAACAUGAGAAAAUCUGUAAAUGCUGGAAACACACAUUACUCAUAACUUGAUGAAGGGCCUUAGCCUGAAACAUCGACUGUCUACUCUUUUCCAUAUAAGCUGCCCGGCCUGUUGAGUUCUUCCAGCAUUUUGCAUGUGUGGUUGUGAAGUAAGGCUUGCUGGGACUUAAACUGAACUAUCUGUGCAUGUACUAUCUUCAGGAUGAAUGAGGAUGUUCAAAGAUAUCCUACUGCUGAUGUUACUCUUGGGGUGACAGACAUUGUAUGACUACUGUAGGUGGGCAUAGUUCAUGUCUUGCCAAAAGAUAUGGUCAUUGGUAGAGAUUUACUGGUCCUAGUAGAUUUGUUGGUUAAUAUUGACUCCACUGUAAUCUUGGCUUGCCCUAUGUUGACACAGUCCCAAACCAAAGCUGGGGUGGAUCCACUGCCAGCAAUGGCUGAUAGCCUAUUUGAGGGAGGUAAGAAGGGGCCACGUAAAUCACGUCAGAAACGCUGCCUGGAGAAAGCAUUAGGUACACCUGACCACCCACCUAACACCACAAACCUCAUCACAGAUCAACGGUGGUCCCCACAAACAUAACUUCCCUACAGCGAGCAGAUCCACCUUUGGCUCCUCUGUAUACUCGGAUGAAGGGAGGAGGAUGACAAGGGGUCCUUUAGCUGUAAAAAUAGCUAUAUGCUGGAAAAUUAUGUUUGCUGAGUAAGUUAAUUGGUGACAUUGGUGUAAUUAGGUGGCAGGGGGCUCAUUGGGCCUGAAGGACCUGUUACUGUGUGUAUCUCUAAAUAAAAUAAUCCUGCCACUGUCUGUAAGGAGUUUGUACGUUCUCCCCGUGACCACACGGAUUUCCUCCCGGUCCGCCGGUUUCCUCCCACAAUCCAAAGAUGUAUCUGUUGGUAGAUUCAUUGGUCAUUGUAAAUUGUCCCAUGAUUAGGCUAGGGAUGCUGGGCAGCAUGAUUCAAAGGAUCAGAAGGAUCUAUUUUGUGCUGUAUCUCAAUAAAAAGAACAGUACUGCCACUCACUGGAUUAUUUUUUCUUUUCUGCAUCAUUCUCUGUAAACACCAGAGACUGUUGUGCAUGAAAAUCCCAGGAGAUCAGCAGUUUCUGAGAUACUCAAACCACCCCGUCUGGCACCAACAAUCGUUCCACAGUCAAAAUCACUUAGAUCACAUUGCUUCCCAAUUCUGAUGUUUGAUCUGAACAACAACUAAAUCUCUUGACUGUAUCUGCAUGCUUUUAUGCAUUGAGUUGCUGCCACAUGACUGGCUGAUUAGAUAUUUACAUUAAUGAGCAGAGGUGCAGGUGUACCUAAUAAAGUGGCCACUGGGUGUAUUCAUACAGGCUUAAGGACUGCACUAGUAAGCUAGAAAGAACAGACUGAUGGUGAGAAAUGCACGGGGCAAGCUCCGAAUUAUCAUUUACUUGUUCACUGAGAAAUGCAAAUGAGCGGGCCUUAAAUUUAACAUCUGCAAAAGAUUCAGAGUACAUUUAUUAUCAAAGUAUGCAUGCGGUGUACAACCCUGAGAUUCAUUUUCCCACAGACAGCCACGAAAUAAAGAAAGAAAACCAUGGAACCUAUUCAAAGAAAAACAUCAAAGCCCUAAUGUGCAAAAAAAGAACAAAUCACACAAGCAGCAAAAAAGACCAAAUAACACAGAAUACAAAAUAUCAAACCACAAAUCAUCGAACCAGUCCAGCUCAACCUAGCUGUGUCAUUCAUAGCCUGUCCACCCUGAGUAAAAUUACAGAAAAUAGAAUCAAAAGGAGGAGCAACUAGGAAGACAUCAUAAUGUGAACUACAGAGUCCAAUCCACAAUAUGCAUCAAUUAAACCUUGACCAAGAUGAGAGGGGA